AUGUCUAUGUCACCGCGUGAUGACGAUGCGAGAGACGAUGGUUGCAUCAGGAUUCCUGUACGUGGGGCGCAGCAAACCGUGGAGGUGUACACCGAGGAACUACCAAGCGACUACAACGACGUUGUCGAUGUUCUCAAGGCGGAAAUCGCACCGCUGGACAUCUGGUUACGUUUUGCGGUGGAGUACUACAGGCAAGGUUCCGAAGAACAUUUUCGCGGAAUCCUGAACGAGAUAAUCGAGGCGCUUACCCCAGACACGGAGAGAUUCUAUGCGGACGAUCGAAGGGCAUUCGAUGUCGGUCGAAUUCGCAUCCUCAACGCGCUUGCGGCGGACUCGGUCAAGCAAGCAUCCAAGUGUUCCGACAGGAGCGCACGAGAUGAUGGGUACACUACAGCGCUGAGUCAUCUCACGAGUGCUGACCGGAUUGAUAACAUGUCGGAACUGACAUGGGUAGGGAAAGGCGUGUUUUACCUGUGCCAGGGGGAGCUUGACCGUGCCAAGUACUUCUUCGAAAAUGCUCGCAAGCAACGUCACAACUUCCCGGCGACCCUCGGAGAGGCAGCUGUGAACUUUCACCACGGCAACUACAAGCAGGCCCUCGAUCUGUACAGCGAGGCAAUCCGUGUGAAUCCGGAAUGCUCUGCGUCAGUGCGAGUAGGCCUGGGGCUGUGUUGCUACAAGCUAGGCCAGAUCUCCCGUGCCCAAGCCGCCAUGACGCGUGCUCUUCAACUAGAUCCCCAGAAUGUUCAAGCGCUGGUCGGUAGCGCGAUUCUGGAGUUGUCGACCGCCUCUGCCGGGUCACAGGAUGCGGUCAGGAGAACGGAAAACGCCAUCAACACGAUUAGCAUGGCGUAUCAUGUGGAUGCCAAGAAUGCAAUGGUUCUGAACCACCUGGCAAAUCACUACUUCUGGACAUGGUCGCCGCUCAAAGCCACUCUCAGCAUUGCGCAAGGUUCGAGGUCAGGGACGGUCCGUGGGGAUCUGAAGGAUGCCCUUGUAGGAGGGGACAUCAUCCGCAUAGGAUCUGGAUUCGCGACAGCUAUGGGGGACGAAGGUUUCGAUGGGACUACUUUGCACCUGCGUGAAGAGUUCACGGAACCAUCAGGGGACAAAUUGAAGCUGUUCACGAAGGAUUACCGCAAGGUCGUCGAACUGGCCAGUACCGCGUACGAGAACACAAGUGCGCCAGAAAUCAAGGCUGAGAGCUGCUAUCUCAAGGCGCGGGUGCACCACGCGACAGGGAACCUCAGCGAGGCAAAGCUUUUGUACAAUGAAGCGUGCCACCUGUGGCCUCAAUUUCCUCUUGCGCAGUACGGUAUGGCCCAAAUGCUGGUGAACGAGGGAAGCAUCGAUCCGGCGAUGAAGGCGCUUAACGCGGUACUGGCUGAAGUACCAGACAAUCAGGAGGCGCUGGUCCUGCUGGGCGUGUUGUGCGCUAAGAACAAGGACCGCUUGCCCGCGCUGUCAAAGUUUAAAAGGGCCCUCGAGUUGAAUCCUCGUCUGUCGGAUGCAUGGAUCGCCCAAGCACAGGUGCUCCAGGAAGAUCCUGCGGAUCACAAGCUAGCUCUGUCUUCAUACUUGAAGGGGCUGGGAGACGGUGGAGCCACUUCUACCGGAACGACUUUUCCUGAAGGUCUGAGCGACCGGAGUGGUUCGCAGACACGCCAAGCCGCCUGGACAAAUAUCGCCGUGUUGCACGAGCACAUUGGAAACGCCGCGGAUGCUAUGACAGCUUAUAGGCACGCGUUCAGCGAGAAGGCCUCUGGAGUAAAACGCACCGACGAUACCGUAGACUCGGAUGCCUUGCUUCGCAUCACUGAUCCCGCUAAUCAGCUGUUCUGGGAGUGGAAAGAACUCCCCGCGACGGCGUCCGUAGUGGAGGGAUCGCGCACGGUGCAGACGUCCGUACCAAUCAGGGGAGCGUUGCGAAAGGGAACACAUGUCCGGGUGGGCGAGCACUACGUUACGACAGCGCAAGGACCCGAGAAGGAUGGUAAGUUCGAGGUUGCAGAUGUGGCGCCCGGUGGAGUGGAUGGUCUCGCGCUUCAAGGACCGCUGUUUAAGAAGGUGCACAAAAUCCGGGUUACAAAGGAAAAUGUGUCCAUGGUGUUCAACCUGGCGUUACUUCACGAGAAGCAGGGCCACCAUGAGGCCGCCCAAGAGCUGCACAAGGCCGUUCUUGCUGAGCACCCGACUUACGUCAACAGUUACCUCCGACUUGGGAUCAUGGCUCGUGACUCCGGACAAAUCCACGAGGCGAGCAAAUGGUUCAAGCAGGCCUUGGAGGUCGACGGCGAGAACCCGAAUAUAGUCGCUUACAUCGGCAACCUUCACAUGCGCAACUCUGAAUGGGGCCCGGCGCAAAAAAAGUUCGAGAAAAUACUAGAGAUGCCUGGUCUUCGGGGAGACAGCUACGCGAAUCUUUCUUUGGGAAACAUAUACUUCAGCAACCUGGAAGACCGUACGAAAUACGAGAAACAUCUGCUUCACGCCGCAAACUUUUACCACGAAGUCCUCAAAAAGGAUGACGCCAACGCUUUCUCAGCGAACGGUUUGGGGAUGGUUCUGGCGGAAAAGGGAACGUUAGAUCACGCGAAGGAUGUGUUCGCACGAGUCAGAGAAGUGUCAGCGGAGGUUCUCGGGGACGUUUGGAUCAACCUGGCGCACGUAUAUCUCGCUCAAAACAAGCACAACGAGGCCAUUCGUCUGUACCAGAACUGCCUCAAGAAGUUUCACGGUGGACGAGACCCGAGCUUGCACAUCUACUUGGCUCACGCGUACUUCGACGCGCGCCAGUACAACGACUGCAUGCGAGUGCUGCUCAAGGCGCUGCACGUGUCACCCAACAACCUACAGCUCUGGUACAACCUGGCUCUAGCAAGGGAGACUUUCGCCGUCGCUGUGCUGCAGAAAGAGCAGAAAGGAGAGGCUCGCACUUUGGCUGAGGUUGAGAAUGCCAUCGAAGACCUCAAGGGUGCAACAAAGCUGUUUUCCUGGCUGAAGGACUGUAAACCAGAUAAGACCGGAGGAGUUCGUCACCUGCCGUAUGACGCCAGCAAAGCAGAGAAACACGCCAAGUUCUGCUUCGACAAUAUCGAACGUGCCGCUCAGCACCUUAAUCACGAGAAGAUGAAGGCUGACCAACAACAGGAAGUGCACGAGAGGCACCAGCGGGCACUGGAAAAGAUGGUCCAGCAGCGUAAGCAAGAGGAAGAGGAGCAGCGGCGUCGUCAAGAGACUCACGCUCGUGAACGCGAAGAAAGGGCCAAACUGAAGCAGGCAAGCUUAGACAAGCUUCAAGAGAGCUGGACAACGCAAACGCACACGGAGCUGAGCAAGCCCGGAGGUGGGAAAGGGGGGAGAGGAAGCGAGCAAAGCUCGAACCAGGCACCUCAGUAUGAGAGUGGGUCUGAAGAGGAUGCAGAUGUACUCUCUGACAACGACGACGAUGGGGCAGGGCAGGCCGACAGAUACGGGGAUGGCGCCGGAACGAGCGAUGCGCAGGCGCCCUUGCUGCCGCAACCUAACCUGAAAGACAUCGGGUUAUCAUCAAGCAGUGACGAUUCUGACGACGCGUUCGGGGGUGAGGACGAGGGUGAGGCCGGCGCAGGGCAAAAGAGAAAAUGGGACAGUGACGAAGAUGAGGCCGGACAGGCGGACCAAACGGCAACCAAGAGACAAACGAUUGAAGACUCGGAAUAGAUCUCUAUGCAUAUGCAUAUGUCGGUAGAGCCCAACGGGCACUCUUUGGACGGAGUUGGAUAAUAAUGGUGUAUGUAGACAGAGAAAAGGCGCCCGUGGCGAAUAGAAUGCUGUUCCACUUCACUUAUUUUUCUUUCUGGGACUCGCUCCCUUCUGUACAGCAGUAUUCGAUCAGUCUCGCGUUUUAAUAUUUCCAAAAUUCAAACGCUCAAGUUUGUCAAAACCAAGGUCAUGUCCACGGCGCCCCCAGGCCUCGAUUACCAUCAUUUGCGGCAAACCCCAGUCACGAGACACUUGCAGAAUCAAGAAGACGCUGUAGUUGCGUCUUUCGGCGUUAGCUUGUACCGAUUCUUGUAAUACUCGUCUUCUGCUGCCAUCUUCUUGGCGUAUUUUCGCUGGAACAGUUCUUGAUUGGCCUCGAUGCGCCCAACGAUUUCCAUGACCGUGAGGUUUGAAGAGCUGGGCGCAUAAAAAGUGUCAAAACAGGGGAGGUCGG